AUGAGCCUUAACGCAAAGGAUAAAGCCGCAGUGAAAGCUUUCUUCAGUAAAGUCAGUGGCAAAGUUGAGGAAAUUGGCAACGAGGUCCUCUCCAGGACUUUUGUUGUCUAUCCUCAGACGAAGAUUUACUUUUCCCACUGGAAGGACUUGAGCCCAGGCUCUGCCCAGGUGAGGAAGCAUGGACUGACAGUGAUGCAGGGAGUCCUCAGUGCUGUUGAAAUGAUUGACGACCUCAGAACAGGUCUGCUCAGCCUCAGCGAGCUGCAUGCCUUCAGGCUGCGAGUGGACCCCUCCAAUUUCAAGAUCAUCUCGCACAACAUGCUCGUGGUCUUUGGCAUGCUGUUUCCCAAAGACUUCACCCCUGAGGUCCAUGUUUCGGUGGACAAGUUCCUCGCACAGGUCAGCCUGGCUCUCUCUGAGAAAUACCGUUAA